CGCCAGGUGUCCGAGGGGGGGAUCGCCGGGCCCCUCGUCCCGGACAAAAUGGCUGAUGUUCUGUGCCCUCCGCCACCCCCGGAGGAGCAGGAGAGCAUCUACCACUGGCUCCCCACCCAGGUGGAAGGCCGCGCCAGGCCCCCGUGCCAGCUAAGGUACACCUCCACCUUCCGUCCGUUCGUCCAGCGGGAGAUGGAGGAGAAGAAGAAGGCACCCUGCCAGACCAUGGGCAUCCCGAAGCUGCAGGUGCCCACCCCAAAGGACUACCUCCGGAAACACUCCAAGGAGCGCAAGGUCCCCAAAUGCACGUACGAGCGACCAAAGCGUCUCCCCGUCAAAGCCCAGGUGCCUCCCCAGUCCGACCGGCCGCUGAUGGGCAUCCAGAGCGAGAAGAACUUCAUCCACGCGAACAUGGCUGAGGCCAUCAUGGCCGUGGCGAAGAAGCCCCUCCACGCCUGCGUCGACCAGCGGAGGGGGGAUAAGUACCUCCUGGAGGGAUCCGGCCUGGUCCAGAAAUACCUCAAAAAUAAGGACUUUGGGGUGACCCCCAACUACAUCCUGGGUCGUAAGAAGGAAGCCGUGGAGGGGCGCCAAGAGCGGGUGGCCGCUCGGUGGGAGUGCCUGCAGAAGAGACGCCUGACCCGCCUCUCCUCCCGCAAGCGAGAGGACAUCCUGAACGGCCUGAAGACCAACUGGGAGGACUUGAACAAGGACUUCCAGAGCCUCUCGGUGGAGAUGACCACCAUCCCGCAGAGGCUGCGCAAAGAGAAGCUGGAGUUGGAGAUGAAGCAGCUGGAAGACGACAUCGGCGCGCUGGAGAAGCGUCGGUUCAUCUACAUUGCGGGCGAAGGGGGG